AUGAUUGGUUAUCUCCUGUCCAUAAACAACAAUAACGCCAAGAACCUAAGAAACCAGACCUGCAGCAGCAGCAGCAGCAGCAGCAGUAGUAUUAGUAGUAGUAGUAGUAGUAGUAGUAGUAGUAGUAGUAGUAGCAGUACAGCAGCAGCAGCAGUAGCAGCAGUAGGUGCAGCAGCAGAAGGCGCAGCAGCAGAAGGUGCAGCAGCACCAGCAGAAGGUGCAGCAAAAGCAGCAAAAGUUUCCUCAGGAGAACCAGCAAGAGCAGGAGGAGCAGGAGGAGCAGCAGGAGGAGCAGCAGCACCAUAA